CCAAAACAGUUUGAGCGUUUCUAAUCACGUGGGCCAGUAAAGACCCAACCUGUAGGAAAGCGAAAUCGAAAGUAUUGUGUUCGGCAUUGUACAGUUUUAGGAGUAGGAUAGGACUGUGGGAUUUAUGAUAGAAGCUGAAAUCUUGAAUUCAUGGCUCUGAGGAUUUAAGUGAACUCUUAUGGUGUCACUGAUUAAUAGAUCACGGCCUAGCGGACUUUACUCGUGAUGCAUUUAACAUAAAAUGGUCGUUAGUAGUCGAACCUGCACCAAAAGCUCGAAGCCGCCCGGUCUGCACACGUGAAGAGAGGAAAAUGACUUCCUUAACCGUGCCCGUCAUCGAUGUUCUGAACAAUAAUUUUAAAGAGCUUUGGCCAGCAAUAUUGCUGUCUAUAAAAACCUCCUCUUUCAUCGCCUUGGAUACCGAAUUGAGCGGUCUCGGAUCCAGAAAAGCCUUACUUGCACAAUGUAUCGAAGACCGCUACAAAGCUAUAUGCCAUGCCGCGCAGACUCGGUCCAUUCUGUCCUUGGGGAUCGCUUGUUUUAAGAAGCUCCAGGACAAAGCCGCCGAUACGUACCUGGUGCAGGUGUACAACCUGACCCUGCUGUGCAUGGAGGAAUACAUCAUCGAGCCGCAGUCCGUGCAGUUCCUGGUGCAGCACGGGUUCGAUUUCAACAAGCAGUACUCCCAGGGCAUCCCUUACCACAAGGGAAACGACAAGGGAGGGGACGCUCAGGUGCAGACGAUCCGGGCUCUUUUCCUGGAGCUGCUCCGAGCCAGGAAGCCCCUGGUGCUGCACAACGGGCUGAUCGACAUGGUCUUCCUGUACCAGUGCUUCUACGCUCACCUGCCCGACCGCCUGGCCACCUUCAUGGCGGAUCUGUCCGAGAUGUUUCCCGCCGGAGUCUUCGACACCAAGUACGCCUCCGAGUAUGAGAUGCGCUUCAUGGCUUCAUACCUGGAGUACGCCUACAAGAAGUGCAAGCGGGAUAAUUGCAAGUCGGUUGAAGCUGGAGGCAGUGGCCCCCAUCUCUUCCUGGAGUUCUGCAGCUACUCCGGGAGGCUGUGCAGCUACAUCGACUUCAGGCCCUGCUCCGAGGGCGGCAGCGAGGAGGGCCCGCUGGACAUCUGCCUACGCUUCUCGGCUUAUGGCUGGUGCCCUAACGGCUCGCAGUGCACCAUGUCUCACAACACCGACCUGAUCAUCGAGCAGGACGAAAAGACCAAGGAGGAUAAGAAGAGGAAAAAGAAAUUCAAAAGGAAGCAGAGAGCAGCUCUGAGGGAAGCCCGAGCCUCCGAGGGAGACGCUGCCCCUCCCAAUAAGCAACCUUGCUUGGAGGAACUUGCGGAUGUGGCUUUCUCGGCUCCUCCGGGGGACUCGAUUCCCUGCGCACCUCGGGGGGAGGAAGCCGAGGGGGAGGAUUUAGAAGACGCGCAGAUGAUGGUGGUGGAGGAGGAGGAAGUGGCGGGACAGGCCGGGAAUGGUUCCUCCGAGGCGCAGGCAGCGUCUGGAGACAAGCCUGCAGAUGCCAGCGAGAGCGAGGGGAAGGCACCCCAGGGAGAAAAAGAAGAAGGGAAGGGGAAAAAGGUAGAGGGGGGGACUCACCGAGCCGGUUUCGAUGCCUUCAUGACCGGCUACAUUUUCUCCUACAUCACCACACUGAAGGGCCGCUCGGACGAGGAGAGCUCAGGAGCUGCUCUUCCCGACUGCCUGAACAAACUCUACCUCAGUGGCAAGUCCGUGCCCUUGCAGAUUGUCAAGAGCGCCUUCUCCAAGUCCUCCAGAGCUCACACGCAAAAGAUGGAACUUGCCUGGGGCAAGAGCUAAUUUUGUAGACAUUUGUUGGGGUUUUUUUUAUUUUGUUGUCCCACACGGAGCAGGUCCUGAUCCAGACUUGGCAAGAUGUUCCUUCCUCACCGGGGAAAAAAGUAAUUUUGAGUUUCAGCUGCUGUUGAGUUGGAGUGUCUUUGUUUAAUAGAUAAUACUAUGAAAGUAUUUUCAAAAUUCAGUUUGUAACCUCUUGUGCAUUGGUUUUCUAUUUCCAUUAGGUUUUGGGGAGCCUGUCAUAGACUGAAUCUGCUCGUCAUAACCAACAGAGCUGUACAGUGAUGUCUAAACAUUACUAUAUUACGGUUUAAAAUGUGUAGCAAAAUAUUUGGUUAAACAGGCUUUAUACAAUGACUUCUGUUCCCUGGAUAAAUUACAUUAGAAAAUAUGAAAUUACAUAUAUAAAGGAAAGAAAUGAGUUUUUAACAGCAAAUGAAUUUUAAUCCAGUGACAUCAGGAUAGCUUUGUUCUCAUUUCUCAGCCACUUUCUGACGGGCCAUGUUCAUUUGUGAGAAAUGUUUGUCCUGUAACACAAACAUUAAAAAAAAAAACUUUGGGUUA